AUGGGUCUGUACACUGCAGAAAAUGUUCAGCUGGAAAAGGACAUUCUGCUUCGAGCGCUAGGAUGUCACAGAGAUAUCACAGCUCUAAAAGGAUUACUUCUGCGAGCGCUGGAUCGGAAUUCGUCGUUUGUUCGCCUUCAAGAUGUGUCUGACGUCUUUAUGGCUGUAUCUGGAAAUCCCGUGGGCGAGGAAUUCAUGUUCAACUUCCUUCUAGAGAGAUGGGAAGAAAUAAUCGAAAGGUAUCAGAAAUAUGAGAUCGUUCGGAACGACGCUAAUUUCAGCUUACCGUCGGAACACACUUCAGUUGAAAAAGUGAUCAAGGACUGUUCUACAGGCAUUCGAUCCGAGCAACAAAUAGAACAGCUGAGAAAUCUUCACAAAAAUGGCCGAAAUGCUCGAGAUUACGGUGCAUUCGACGAGGAAAUCGAACGAGCAGAGCACAAAGUCGACUGGAUUAAAAAACAUUUUAGGAAUCUAUCGGAUUUCUUCAAGAAAGCUAGCACGUAG